AUGGCUUCGGAUUCCAGUGAAACCGGACUAGACAAGGGGGUGGCGCCCGCAAAGACCAAAAAUACAGCUGCAGCCACCAGGACCACUACUGCUCCGGCGGCAAAAAAAACCGCAUUGAAGGCAGCCAAGCCGCCCCCAGCGAAAAAGGUCAAACGCGCUGUGGAGGUUAAACCCGGAGAACCGAUCACAUUGAUAGAGACCAAAGAGGGCAUGCAGGUACCCUUCCUGGCCCUCUGCAAAGUUUUUGAGAACAUCGAGGACACACCCAAGCGACUGGAGAUCACCGCCCUUAUCCGCGAUUUCUUUCUCCAAGUCAUGCACAUUGGUCAAGAGCAACUCACUCAUACAGUGAUGCUUUGUCUCACAAAGAUUGCCCCCGAUCAUGAGGGCAUUGAGCUGGGCAUUGGCGAAUCCAUUUUAAUAAAGUCGAUUGCCACGGCUACCGGCCGUCAGGUCUCCAGGGUCAAGUUGGAUCACCAGGAGCUUGGCGACUUGGGCAUGGUCGUGCAGAGGGGCAAGUCGAGCCAGCGCACGAUGUUCAAGCCGAAGCCGCUGUCUAUCACAAAGGUGUUUGCCACUUUUAAGGAGAUUGCCACUACUAGCGGAUCGAGCUCGACCCAAAAAAAGGCUGGUCUGAUUACUGGUCUGCUGGCGUCUUGCACCGAAAUUGAGUCAAAAUAUCUGAUCAGGUCGCUUGAGGGCCGGCUCCGGAUCGGGCUUGCGGAAAGCACUGUGCAAACGGCGCUUGCGCACGCCGCGCUCUCUUACGAGAAAGGCAAAGAGUGUGAGGAUUUGGACUCUGAAGACUACCAGCGGGCGACCGAGAACCUCAAGCAGGUACUGAGCGAGUUCCCGAUCUACAGCAAUGUCAUUGAAUCGAUUUACCAGUACGGUAUCAGCGACGUGAUCAAUCAUUGCAAGCUGGUACCCACGCUCCCUGUCAAGCCUAUGCUGGCCAAAAUUGAAAAGGCUGCAGACGAUAUUCUGCGCCGGUUCGAAGGCAAGCCGUUUACCUGCGAGUUCAAAUACGACGGCGAGCGAAGCCAGAUUCACUAUGUGCGGGAGGGCGACAAAACGACAUGUGUUAUAUUCAGCAGAAAUGCCGAAAACAACACGGCCAAGUACCCGGACAUUGCCAGCUCUGUCAAAGAGUUUGCCGGGCCAAAUGUCACCUCGUUUAUUCUUGACUGCGAGGCGGUGGCGUGGGACAAGAUCAGUGGCAAGAUUCGCUCAUUCCAGACCCUGAGCUCGCGCAAGAAGAAGGUCGAUAGUGAGGCCGAGAUUACAGUUGGGGUCUGCACUUUUGCCUUUGAUCUUUUAUUCCUCAAUGGAGAGCCGCUGAUUAGGAUGCCGCUAAGAAGGCGGCGUGAGCUCCUGCACGAGAACUUUACAUCGGUUGCCAACAAGUUCCAGUUUGCCAUUGCCAAGGACCUCACGGAGGUCGAGGACAUCCAAGAAUUUUUGGAGCUCAGCAUCCAAGAGAACUGCGAGGGACUGAUGAUCAAGACGCUUGAUGGCGACUCAUCUUCCUAUGAGCCGUCCAAGCGCUCGAUGAACUGGCUGAAGCUGAAGAAGGAUUACGUCGACGGACUAGGCGACUCGCUCGAUCUGGUCGUAAUCGGAGCAUACUUUGGCAAAGGCAAGCGCGUGGGCGCCUAUGGUGCUUAUCUUUUGGCCUGUUAUGAUCCGGAUCGUGAAGAGUACCAAGCAAUUUGCAAGAUUGGCACUGGCUUCAGUGACGCCGAUCUCGAGUCGCAUAAAACUAAGCUUGACGAGAGCAAGAUUGCGACACCGAAGCCGUACUACGCGGUUUCUGACAAGACUAAGCCAGACAUUUGGUUUGAGCCUUUGCAGGUGUGGGAAGUCAAGGCUGCUGAUCUGUCGCUGUCGCCAAUUUACCAGGCAGCAUUUGGAGAGAUUGAUCCUGCCAAGGGUGUCUCGUUGCGGUUCCCUCGCUUUAUUCGCAUUCGUGACGACAAGUCCCCAGAGAUGGCAACAUCGAGCGCACAGGUACGUAAUAAUUACUGCAGCAAAGUUGACGUGGCUGGGAAUCAUCAACACCUAACAACAACAAUGCUCCCUAAUUUUGUAAAAAAAACAUGCAAACACAUUUACAAUUUCUACAUUCUUGAUUUCUGUUUUAUUUUGUAG